GAUGAUUUCCUUGAAGCUAUUACUCCCUUCAGUAGGACUUACCACUCAUAUAAAUACCCAGCACACAGUUCUGACUUCCACACUCCGCAGUUGGCUCUGGAAAGCUCAAAUCCUUGAUCAGGGAGAAAAUGUCCAGCCAAAUUGAGCACCCAGCUGGUGGGUACAAGAAGCUUUUUGAGACCGUGGAGGAAUUGGCUGCACCAGUAACUGCUCAUGUCACAGGCAGGAUUCCCAUAUGGCUUACAGGCAGUCUGCUUAGAUGUGGGCCUGGCUUAUUUGAAGUUGGUUCGGAACCAUUUUAUCAUUUGUUUGAUGGCCAAGCGCUUCUUCAUAAAUUUGACUUUAAGGAGGGACAUGUCACAUACCAUCGCAGGUUCAUUCGGACUGAUGCUUAUGUAAGAGCAAUGACUGAGAAAAGAAUCGUGAUAACUGAAUUUGGCACCUGUGCUUACCCUGAUCCAUGCAAGAACAUAUUUUCCAGGUUUUUUUCAUACUUCAGAGGUGUGGAGGUCACUGAUAAUGCCCUGGUUAAUGUGUACCCAGUGGGUGAAGAUUACUAUGCCUGCACAGAGACCAACUUUAUUACCAAGAUUAACCCAGAGACUUUGGAGACAAUCAAGCAGGUGGACCUUUGUAAAUAUGUUUCAAUCAAUGGCGUAACUGCUCACCCCCAUAUUGAAAACGAUGGGACGGUUUAUAACAUUGGCAACUGCUUUGGAAAAAAUUUUGCAAUUGCCUACAAUAUUGUACGGAUCCCUCCAAUGCAAGCAGACAAGAAAGAUCCAAUGAAUAAGUCUGAUGUGGUUGUGCAGUUUCCUUGCAGCGAUAGAUUUAAACCUUCCUAUGUGCACAGCUUUGGGCUGACUCCAAACUAUAUAGUGUUUGUGGAAACACCAGUGAAAAUUAACCUGCUCAAAUUCCUUUCUUCUUGGAGUCUGUGGGGAGCCAACUACAUGGAUUGCUUUGAGUCUAAUGAAAUCAUGGGGGUCUGGCUUCAUGUAGCAGAUAAAAAAAAAGGAAAAUACCUCAAUAUCAAAUAUAGGACCUCAGCCUUUAACCUCUUCCAUCACAUUAAUACCUAUGAAGACAAUGGAUUUCUUAUUGUGGAUCUCUGCACCUGGAAGGGGUUUGAGUUUGUUUACAAUUAUCUGUACUUAGCCAAUUUGCGGUCCAAUUGGGAAGAAGUGAAGAAACAUGCAGAAAAAGCUCCUCAGCCCGAAGCUCGCAGAUAUGUCCUUCCCUUAAACAUUGACAAGGCCGACACGGGUAAGAAUUUAGUCACCUUGCCCUACACAACAGCAACUGCAACUCUGCACAGUGAUGAAACGAUCUGGCUGGAACCAGAGAUUCUUUUCUCUGGGGCUCGCCAAGCCUUUGAGUUUCCACAAAUCAAUUAUAAGAAAUAUGCUGGAAAACCCUAUACAUAUGCAUAUGGCCUUGGACUGAAUCACUUUGUUCCAGACAGGCUUUGUAAGCUGAAUGUUAAAACGAAAGAGACUUGGGUGUGGCAGGAACCAGACUCAUAUCCAUCAGAGCCUAUCUUUGUUUCACAUCCAGAUGCCCUGGAAGAGGACGACGGUGUCGUUCUGAGUGUGAUUGUUAACCCUGGCGCAGGACAGAAACCUGCCUAUCUACUGAUCCUGAAUGCAAAGGAUAUGAGUGAAGUUGCCAGGGCUGAAGUGGAGAUGAAUAUUCCUGUUACCUUCCAUGGAAUGUUCAAAAGAUCGUGACAAUUCUCUUCAGUGCACUUAUCAUAAUUUGCUUUUUUGACUUUGAAAAGGUACAUUUCUAGUUACAAAACGCAAAUAUUCUAUGUUCCUUCACUGUCUGAUUUGUAAAACUCAUUAAGCCUGAGAAUUUCGUUUUUCUUGAUGUUUGCAGUAUUGUUAUUUUGUAGCUGUGUUGGUCUCAGAAUUCAGAGAGACAAGGUGGACUAGGUAAUAUGUUUUAUUGGACCAUCUUCUGUUGGUGAAAGAGACAAGUUUUCAAGCUGCACAGCGCUGUUUAGGUCUGGGAAAGGUACUCAGAGUGUCUCAGAGCUAAAGAAAAGCGCUGUGCAGCUUGAAAGCUUGUCUCUAUCAACAGAAGUUGGUCCAAUAAGAGAUAUUACCACCUUGUCUCACUUUUCUUUAUUGUCACUUAAGUAUUCUCAUCAGAUUUUUUUAGUCUUGCAAAAUCAUUGACAGGAUUUUAAAAUGAGCAGCAUCGAGCAUUUUAAAACUUAAAAUAAUGGUUCUUUACAGAGUUAAACUUUGGGGCAGAGAUGCACUUGAAACAGUACUAUGUGAAAUUCAGUGUGUUGUAGAUUCAAUAAACAUCAGUGGAACAAGCUCAGGGGUGUCUUCUAAUGACUGCUUUAUAAGGAGGCUAUUUUAUCCUGUAUAAAAAUUUAUUGAUUUGACUAAAUUCCAGUUCACUGUAUUAGCUUUCUAAAACGCAGUGUUUUUGAGUGGGGCUACCAUAAGCCCAUCCAAGUUGUUGACUUCUCCUUCCUGGGGCUGUUUUUGAGAACUAGGAUCCAUCUAUGAGCCAGUAAGUCUAUGGCUUUGAGACACAGCAUCUUCUCCAUUGAUAACACACACACUCCAGAGAAAUUUUGCAAGAUGCAGGCAACAAAGUAACAGUUCAUGUCCCACCUGCACCCUUCAGUUAAGGAGCAAGUCCCCUUUCCAAGCAUUAUAGCAGUCAGUAUGAAAGAAAAUCCCCCACCUCUCUCCACUUUUCUCCUAAUUUUGGGAGCAAAACCUUCCUGAUACUUGAGGUAGCAGGAGGUUUGCAUAAGUGACCAAGAUCAAAAUCCAAACUUAAUUUAAAGGAAGUUUGGAUUUAAAUAUUGGGCACUUGCUUACCAGGGUGAAAGUACUCUUAUGACUCUCAGAAGUCCUGCUAGCCUCCAAAUCCAAAUUAAUAUAUUAAUGUGCCCAGUCAGCUAAGCUUGGUAUUUGUAUUUGAUGCAAAGAUCCAGAAGGCUGUAUGAAAAAUAAAGCUGUUACAGUUCAUAACUGAGGGACCUGCUAGCAGCCAGUUUCUGGGUAAAACAUGGCAUUAUUUGACUCUGAAUUCCUGGAAUUCUGUGCCAGAGCUGACAAACCAGUUAUGUUAAAUAACUAGACUACUAUUCAUUAUGUAAACAUUUGGUUUAAAUUUUAUCUUUUGAUGUUAAAGUAAUAUUAAAGCUGGAAUAUCAUCUCAGACCCUGAGCUGAAGUAAUAUUGUCUGUUAAAGCUUUGUUAUCCCAGAACUUGUUACUGUAAUUUGUCACUAUCAAAACUCCUAUGUGAGAUGCAUUUAGCGCCUGCUUUCUUAGCACAUGCAAAAGAUGCAAAGAAAAGGUUUUUGUCCUCACUGUCUCCUACUCCAACAAACUUCAUUCUGUGGGUGAAUGAUUUCAAAUUGAUACAAUUGGAAAUUGAAUUUUUCUAUUUAUUUGCAGAAUAGGUAUCCAAUUCUCAGGCCAGGGGGCUAGUCAAGUUGCCCCACAUUGCCCUGCUAAGGUACCUCACAUCCCAUAAGGAAAGACUGCAUCUAGAGUUUUCAGAUACCCUGCCAAAUGGAUUCUUGACCUUUUACUGAAUGGAGACAAAAGUACCAAUUCCAGGACUAGUUUCUAUGAGGUCUCUUUCAACAUUGAUUCAUUUUACAUAGCCCAAACAGCCUUCCGAUUGUAACAGCUUUCAGUCAGCAACCUGGGCUGGAGGAAGGUCUACUAACAGUACUUAGGUCAUAUCAUAUAAUACUUUUGCAGCCAGAUCUCAAAGCACUUCACAAAGGAGUACAUCAUUAUCAUGACUAUCCAGAUGAGGAAACUGAGGUACAGAUAGGUGAAAUGACUUGUCACGUAGGCAGGAGAGCUGGAAACAGAACCCAGGGCUCCUGUCUCCCAGGUCAGUGCCCUAUUCUCUGACUCACCGUGUGUCCUUUAACUAACUGAACACCUAGCACUGGCUAAAUGGAGAGACUAGAUCUCUGAAUGUUUGGUCUGAUCCAAGGCCUAUUAAAAGUCAACGGAAAGACCCCUGUUACAUUUAGAGGGCACUGGAUCAGACUCACACUGAUGCAGAUUAUUUAUAGUGCAUCAUAAAAGACAAUUCCACAACAAACUAGUUCAGAAGCAAGAAGGAUCCCUUCAGCCCCUAUUUACACUAAUGAAUGCUGAGAAGUUUGGCAGUAUAGUACAUGGGUGGGCAAACAUUUU